GCCUCCUCCUCGUCCUAUGCUGCAACAGAGCAAACCACAAACACAAACAGAGUUGCGCGGCUUUUGAUGGGACCCUGCACAGACCAACUCCAAGACCUGCUCCGUUCCUACAUACAACCAUCCACAUUUCCAGCGAUAAUCAAAAAGGAAAAGUCCCGCUUGCCCCGUCUGUCCGAUUCUCAAAGAAAUCUGAUCUUGCCCAAAACAGGUGUUUACACGGGUAAUUAUACAGACAUGGACAUCACAAUGCUGUAUGUCUUGCUUAGAAACAUCUCUGGGAUAACGGAGCACGACAAUGGGUGGGGAGAAGAUCCAGAUCCAACAGACAGGUCCGUUUCCGCAAACAUCGAGCGGAUGAGAAUGGCUAGAAAUCAAUGUGGACAUUCCACUAGUGCCGCUCUUACUAAUGCUGAAUUCAACCAGUUAUGGUCCACGAUAAGAGCAUCAGUAGUGGACUUGGACCUGGCGCUGAAGAAUGGACAAAAAUACGAAAAGGAGGUAGAUUUCAUCAGACACGACACAAUGGACCCUGUGAGGGAUAAACACUAUAGAGACCUUAUGUUGAAACAAACAGCAGAAUAUCAGACAACAGUGAACGAGAUUAACCAACUUAAAAGACACGUCGAAGAGAACGAUGAACACGUACAACAGAAGAUGCUGAAGCUCGAUGGAUCCGUGCAAGUCAUCAAAACCCAGAAUACACUCCUUCAUGAUUAUCUAGAAGAGACCCAAGAUAAAAUUUCGUCACUCGAUAAAAGGACUAUUCCACUUCACAUAAAAAAGCAGCAUGUGAAAUUACUAGAAUCAUGGAGGAAAGAUGAUAAACCAUUCCAUGAAAUUCACAGUUUUCCAGACAUCAUGAAAAAAGUAAAAUCCCAACAAAUAAUGACCAUCAUUGGAGGGCCUGGAUCCGGGAAAACAGCGACUAUUCGCCACAUCGCACUUCUCCUACAAACAGAAUUCGACAUUCUUCCAAUUUCUAGUCCCUUCGACAUCAUCCACUAUGGAAACAUGGAGCGCAAACAGUUGUUCACACUAGAUGACGUCUUUGGAGUGUUUGGAAUUGAGAGAAGUAAAUACAUAACGAUAGAGGAUUACAAAGACAACAUUUUGAACGUGCUGGGUUCCAAGUCGAAGAUUCUUUUCACUUGUAGAAAAACUCUAUACAAAGAAGCCAGUCAGUUAGAGUCCUUUGUCCUCAGUGAGAAAUGCAUAGUCGACUUAGAAGACACGAACAACCAGCUGAACAAUCAAGACAAAACACAGAUUCUGAAUAACCACUGUCUGCAAAAUGGCGUAACUUUGGGAUCAAUGGAGAGUCCAAAUGUUUCCUCAAAAAUAGCUUUGAUGAUGUAUCCACUUUUGUGCAAGCUCUUCUGCUCAGAUAUGACAUAUAGGUCUUUGGGUACACAAUUUUUUGAAAAUCCGAGUGUGCACAUUCUCCGUGAACUUAACAACCUACAGAAGCAUAAAAAAGUUCAUUACGCCGCACUUGUGCUUUGCAUGUUCAGCCAGAAUGAAAUAACUAAAGAUAUGCUGAAAAAGAAAGAUCAUGUAUUUGUGGAGAAAAGAGAAGAUGUUUUCGAAAGCUGCAGAGUCAAUGCAAGGAAUUCCGAGAUUCAAGACGCUUUAUUCAACAUGGAGGGCACCUUUACUGCACAGACGAAAAAUGGGUAUUCAUUGAUUCACGAUUCCGUUUACGAGGUUUUGGCUUAUCACUAUGGAAACAAAAACCAGGAACAAAUGCUGCAGUAUAUGAGUAGUAAUUUUGUUGCAAAGAAAACUAUCAUAGGUAAAAAUGGCAACACCACGAACGGUUUGUAUGUAGAACUAAAAAAAGAACAUUAUUCAAUGCUUGCUGAAAGACUCUUGAAGGAUUUAAUAAGUCUUGAACUCCAUGAUGUAUUUAUGAACGACGCACUAAAAGAAGAUGACGUGUGCGAAGCAUUUCUAGACGUUUUGAAAAGAAAACCAUAUCAAGAAGUAAAAACCAUUUUCUUCUCAAAGCAAGACGACACAUCAAAAAUAGUCUCCAAAAGCAGGAAUGUUGGAAAUGAAGUAGAGAGUAAAAGGCUUACUGACUGCGAGCUAGAUCGACAGAAGCUACUGGUGGGAGAAAUGCUGGUGGCGGAGAGCAGCUCCCAAUCGGACAUUGUUCGUGUCAUCAGCUGGGUGAUAUACUAUGGACACAGUAAAAUCCUCCGGUUCCUUUUCAAUAAAGUUUUAGAGAAUCAUGAAUCGAUCACACACGUGGUUGGAUGGAGAAAUCCAUCCGAUGAUGAAGAGAAAGAUGAGACUGUUCUUGACCUAACAGAACAAACAAGACUUCUUACUCUUAGCUGUUUCAGUGGGGAAUUAGAGGUGGUAAAACUAUUACUCCAAUACUGUGAUGCAAAAUGCAUAAACAACAAAUCACAAUAUACAUGCCAUAUGUUUUACGACCACAGGUACAUUACGCCUUUGACCGCAGCAUGUGCACAUGGUCAUAAGUCAGUGGUUGAAGAGUUAAUACGAUAUGGGGCUAACAUUGAUCAACAGGAUGAGUGGGGUGUCACAGCCCUUUAUGUGGCGGCCGAAUCUGGACAUUUACCAGUAGUGGAAACUUUGAUCGAAGCUGGUGCCAACUCCAAUGAGUGUGACUUAGACGGCAUCAGCCCAUUGUUUGCUUCAGCCCAAUCUGGUCACUCGUCAGUCGUUGAAGCUCUAAUAAAACACGGCAGUGAUUACAACAAACCAGACAUUUAUAAAAUGUCUCCUCUUUAUGUCGCAUCACAGGCUGGGCAUACAUCCGUUGUGGACUUACUGAUCAAAUAUGGAGCUGACUGCAACAAAAGUGAUCUAGACAAAAGAACUCCUCUCCACAUAGCAUCAAAAUCCGGGCAUUUGUCCAUUGUAAAAGCACUGAUAAAAAAUGGUGCCGACAUCAAUGAAUGUGACAUUGAGGGCAAAUCUCCACUUUUUGUGGCCAUGCAACAAGAUAGAAAGUCUGUGGGUGAAAUAUUGGCAGAACAUGGUGCCGUGAAAAGUCCCUAAUCACUGUGAACAGAUGAAAACAAAAUGCUAAACAACCAAAUUACCAUUCACUGUAAUGCAAUAUCAAAACAGAAACUCUCUUGUAUCACAGACAUUUAUAUUUAUAAGUAUAUUACAUAAAUAAUUAUUGCACAUCAAGUUUGAUCAUAAAUAAACAUGUGUAACGAUAUGAAUGCUUGCUGCCAUGACAACAAUAAACAUGUAUAUGUACCUAGUAAUUUGUGUAGUAUCUUAAAAUAUGCAUUCAAUAAAAUGUUCAUGAUUAUUGCCUGAAUAGAUAAUGGGACAUUCAAGUUUAUUAUGCAAUAUUAGUAUGUGGUUUUUAACAGUCACUUGUCUUUCUUCUUUGUCUACUGAUGUGUAAUCGAAGUCGGAUGACAGAAACUUAUGGGUUUUUUUAUCCCCCCUCCCCCUAACUAUUCGAAUUUAGAUUUAUAUCCAACAUCGAUCUUUUGAUCUCGUCCCUUAAUAGGAUGAAUACAGUACAUGUUUAGAGGGUGUUCCAAUAAUCUAGAGAAUUAUUAAUCUCGGAGAUACAUGUAACUAUGAAUUCCAUCACGUGACCUGCCUGCACUGGGUAUUGGUUUAUUUUUAUACAGGCUGCUGACGGAGGAAGAUGAGGUACGGAUAUACUACUCUCUGGAAAACACCCGACUGUAUCAUGAAGUGGAACCCACCUUUAUUCAGAUCUCUGCAGAGGUUGGUCCUGCCGUGGAAUUUUUGAUUCAUUCGUACCCAAAGUAUGUAACCGUGGAAAGCUUGCCGUUACCCUCCAUUGACCAGAGAAUUGAUGUAGCCAGCAUGUUGUAUGAGAAGGGACUACUAAUCACUGGGGAGCCCAUGCUUGUCCUGGAUCAAGACUCCAAUUGACCUUGAUGAACUCUCUCUCAAUCCACAACAAAGCUGCACUUAAUGUGUCAUUAUAGAAUUCAAUAGCUGCUUUUAUUGGUCAUAACAUUGUGCAUUUAUAUUGACAUGUCAGUCAUGAAACGCUUCAAUAUGUGUUAUUGUUUAUGGAUCAGACACACAAUACAAUGUACCUGUAAUGACUUUUUAACUGGAAUUUUUUAGUCAGAAAAAAUUGUGAUAUUGUAUAAUAUUCGCUACAAAAUGUAUAUCAUACAUAAACUGUUGUAGCUAUAUCUGUAUCUGAAAAGUUGAUCUGCCCUUUAGAAAAAGAGAAAAAAAUUACUUUGUAGGUUGCCUGGUAACUUGUUACAAUUUCUGACAGUAUUAACUAAGCCAUUUACUGUGCAUAUUCUGACAACGAAACACCAGGAAAAUCAAAAAUGUUCUUAAACAUCUGCUAAUGCAUGUAUAAAAACAUUCACCUAAUCUUGUAUUUAUUUUAUUUUUGACAGAGCAGAGAGCUCAUAAUUAUUCUGUUUAUUUAUGUUUUUAUACAAGGUCUUUUGACCUGUGCCACAUUUUACAAAGAUUAUGGUGUAAAGAGAAAAAUAGUUCACUUGUUGUUAUACAUGUAUAUGAUCUUUGGUAAUUAGAUUUAGAUUUCAGAAGAGCAAAGAAAACAUCAAGUAAUAUAUGCCCAUUUACUUUAUCGUGCGAGGUUUGGUUCCGUGGUGGAAAUGACUCCACCAAUAGUUUAGAUGUUUAGCAUGCUUAAUGCUAUUAUAUGAGAUAAUGAAUGCAGUAUUGAUUAGUAAUAAUAGAUUGUUGCUUUGAUGAUUAUCAAGCAUGAAAUUUUGAAAGGAAGAAAUAAAUUGUAAGUACAUUGUCCCUUGUGAUUUGUGUGUGUGUGUGAUUUUUUUUAUUUAAUUGAUUAGUUGUUCAACUUUACAGAAAGAUUUCUUUAAUUAAACUGAUGGUAAAAAUAAA